AUGCCUUUCUAUGUUGACGAAGGAGGCUGGAACAAGAUGAAGCGGGGACGGUCAUAUUGUCAGAGCUUUACCCCCUCAGAGGGCAGUAACAAGAGACUCAAGAGUUCUAAUCAAACUGACAUCAAAGCAAGUUCCUCCACCUCACAGAAGCCCACUGAAGAAACAUGGGCCAACCUGCUGCACCAUGUCGUCUUGCAUAUAUUCCAGUACCUGCCUCUGUUAGACCGGGCCCGAGCCUCGUCUGUGUGUCGCCGAUGGAACGAUGUCUUUCACAUCCCAGACCUGUGGAGGAGAUUUGAAUUUGAGCUGAACCAGCCAACUACAUCUUGUCUGAGGUCUACGCACCCAGAUAUCAUCCAGCAAAUCAUCAAAAGACAUGCUCAGCACCUGCAGUAUGUGAGCUUCAAGGUUGACAGCUGCACAAAAUCUGCUGAAGCUGCCUGCAAUAUUCUCUCACAGCUGGUGAACUGCACCAUUAAAACACUGGGUUUGAUUUCCACAGCACGACCAAGCUUCAUGGACGUGUCCCAGUCACACUUCGUGUCGGCUCUGACUGUGGUGUUUGUAAAUUCCAAGUCGCUGUCCUCUAUUAAAAUUGAUGACACACCGUUUGAUGACCCUUCCCUGAAGGUACUGGUAGCCAACAACAGUGACACACUCAAGCUGCUGAAGAUGAGUAGCUGUCCACAUGUGUCUCCUGCAGGCAUCCUCUGUGUGGCUGAUCAGUGCCAUGGCCUGCGGGAACUGGCCCUUAACUACAACCUGCUGAGUGACGAACUACUGCUUGCCCUCUCCUCAGAGAAACAUGUACACCUGGAACACCUGUGCAUCGAUGUGAUGAGUGAGAACCCGGGCCAGAGCCAGUUCCACACCAUCAAAAAGAACAGCUGGGACAUCCUUAUCCGCCACUCACCCCAGGUCAACAUUGUCAUGUACUUUUUCCUGUAUGAGGAGGAGUUCGAGCCCUUCUUUCGUGAGGAGACGCCAGUUACACACUUGUACUUCGGUCGAGCUGUCAGUAAAGAUAUGCUGGGGCGUAUCGGGCUAAACUGCCCGUGUCUCGUGGAGCUGGUGGUGUGCGCGAAUGGGCUAGAGCCACUAGAUGAAGAGUUGAUCUGUAUUGCAGAUCGCUGCAAGAGCCUCACAGCCAUUGGUCUCGGCGAGUGUGAGGUGACCUGCAGCGGAUUCAUGGAGUUUGUGAAGAUGUGUGGUGGCCGCCUGAGUCAGUUGUCCAUCAUGGAGGAAGUGCUCAUUCCAGACAACACGUACAACAUCGAGCAGAUCUAUAGUGAGGUCUCUAAACAUCUGGGCCUGAUAUGA